CUACUAACCCGGCUGUCAGUUGGCAGUGGUGCAGGGAUUUAUAAGCAGUGAUAUGAUGCACGGAUGCCUUCUCUUACUUGUCAGGGACGGGCAUAUAUUUAGCCUCUCUUGCAGUGGAUAAGGCCGGUCAGUUUACACUCAAUGCGGGGGCUAUUUUGGGAUCCUGGUGCCACUGGUCGUGAAAUGGCAACUAGUUACUGCAGUUAGCCAGGCGAAGAAGUUACACAUUUCCUGGCUUCUUCUGCAUCUUAAUUAUGCAAAGUAUACCCUGCAAAAUACACUCCAUUGGUAAUAUUGCAAGAGAGUACUGACAGCAUUUAACCAUGGCUCCUAAAAAGAUGCCUCCAAAGAAGGGAGGAGAUGGACCAAAACAGCCCCCCCUGAUUGGACGUUUCGGGACUUCAUUGAAAAUUGGAAUUGUUGGGUUACCAAAUGUAGGAAAGUCAACAUUCUUCAAUGUUCUGACGAAGAGUCAGGCAGCGGCUGAGAAUUUUCCCUUUUGCACCAUCGACCCAAACGAGAGCCGUGUGCCCAUUCCAGAUGAGCGCUACGACUUUCUCUGCCAGUACCAUAAACCAGUCAGUAAGGUUCCAGCAUUUCUGAACGUGGUGGAUAUUGCUGGCUUAGUGAAAGGGGCUCACGCAGGCCAGGGUUUGGGUAACGCCUUCCUCUCCCACAUCAGUGCUUGUGAUGCCAUCUUUCACAUGACACGAGCUUUUGAGGAUGAAGAUAUUAUCCACGUUGAGGGCUGUGUUGACCCAGUGAGGGAUAUAGAGAUCAUUCAUGAAGAGCUGAGGAUGAAGGAUGAAGAGAUGAUUGGGCCAAUCAUUGAUAAGCUUGAGAAAACCGCUGUGAGGGGAGGAGACAAAAAACUCAAACCUGAAUAUGACAUCAUGUGUAAAAUAAAGUCCUGGGUUGUUGAUGAAAAGAAACAUGUCCGUUAUUACCAUGAAUGGAAUGACAAAGAGAUUGAGGUUUUGAAUAAGUAUCUGUUCCUGACAUCCAAGCCGAUGAUCUACUUGGUAAACCUCUCGGAGAAAGAUUAUAUAAGGAAAAAGAAUAAAUGGUUGGUGAAGAUCAAGGAGUGGGUUGACGCUCAUGAUCCAUGUGCGCUGGUCAUCCCGUUCAGUGGGGGAUUUGAGAGCAAGUAUCAGGAUAUGACUGAUGAAGAGAAACAGAAAUAUUGUGAGGAGAACAAAACACAGAGUAUUCUGACUAAGAUAAUCAAGAGUGGGUACGCAGGCCUGCAGCUGGAGUACUUCUUCACAGCAGGACCUGAUGAAGUCCGUGCAUGGACCAUCAGGAAAGGCACCAAGGCCCCGCAAGCAGCUGGAAAGAUCCACACAGACUUCGAGAAAGGCUUCAUCAUGGCCGAAGUCAUGAAGUUUACAGACUUUAAGGAGGAAGGCAGUGAAAACGCAGUUAAAGCUGCAGGAAAAUACAGACAACAGGGGCGAAACUACAUAGUGGAAGAUGGUGACAUCAUCUUUUUCAAAUUCAACACGCCUAAUCAGCCCAAAAAGAAGUGAAGCCACUUGGAUGGACAGUACUGUCUAUGACUCCUGCUCAGUCUCUUCAUUUAUGGCUUUGGAACAUUUAAAACACAAUCACACCUUAGUGGUGUAUAAGUUAAUUUUUUAUUUUAUUAUUUCGGCUGAUUGCUGAAAUGAAUGUAAUGGCUGGUCUGCUUACAAAAGCUGCAUGUCACACAGCAGUUUAUUCUAAUAAAACACUUCCUUAGACCAGA